UUAGUGAGGCAGAGCUGAACAAAUGAGUGAACUGCCAAAGCGCUGAAUGAGACAGAAGCAAACAUAUCCCUGCAAAAUCCGAGGUGAGGUGGAGGAAUUGAGAUUUUUCCUGGAAAUGGAUCUGAACUAGCUGAUAAGAAAACAUUUCGUGGCAGAAGCGUUAUUUACAUACAAGACAAGUGUUAAAUCGAGUCAGAAGGGGUCAACUGCAUCGAAUGACAGCAUAUUGUGCUCUGAUAAACUUACUUCCCUCUAAGAGUUCGAACGCAGCGUUCGCCAAUUUUGUUAAGUAGAGACAAGAAGUGUUUUCCCUAAGACUGCAAACACGUCAUGUUAUUGUAUAUAACCUGUUCCAUUUCAAAUCUGUCUUUUAGAACUCGGUGACUAAAAAGCCACAUAUGCUAAAGAGUCAACACCACCUUCGACGUGCCUUUUACUCAUUGCUUCUUUGCAGUAUUCCCAUAACUGUGGGACCUGGAAAAGGGGACUGCAUAACACUUGCUGUAAACUAUAAGGAAUUAGAGAGACAAUUUAAUGUCCUGAAUGUGACAGACUGAUUAUAACCAUCAUUCUAGAGGGGUCUCAGCACUUGGCAUUUAAAAGCCUCUAAUAAAAGAAGGUGACAUCACCCACUGAGAAGAAAUCAUGCAUCCUCACUAAUGGGCUUGCUGGCUGUCAGAUCUCUGCCAAUCUCAAAUUGCUUUGGACUUUUUAACUCGCUGCACUUCACCGUUCACUGACUUUCAAUUAAGACGUCAGGAGUACCACAUUCAAGACAUUUCUAGCUUGCCUUUCACACCAGUGAAGUGACAUCCCGAAAAUAAUUGGACUAUAUGUUUUAAGGACUUUUUUUCUCUCCAGCUGCAGACAUACUUUGGCAACAUUUAAUUGUAGUAUUGACCACAUUUAUGUCAGUUUUUCCCUUUUUUCAGCUCCAUUUCCACCUUUUUGAAAUUCGUCCCUAUUACUCCAAUAUAAAGAGUAACUGACAGUUUUCAUACUCACCCGAAGUCUCUUAUUUUGACCUGCAACACUGAGUGCAUCGAAUAUAAGUGGAUUGUUUGUUGGGGCCGUCAUUUUCUAAAGACCGUUAUUAAGAUGAGGUGUGUGAUUUGGGCAAUUACAGUCACCAUCGUGUGCCAUCAAUUAUACAGGGUAACAGCUAAAAGAGAGAGGAAGAAGAUGAAAGAGAAAGCUCCCAGCCAGUACACCGAGCCCUUCAAUGCAACGUUCUCAAACAGUGAAGAGCUUCCAGAAGUUCCAGAGCAUCGACUUGUGGACCCACAUGACACAUGGAUAGACUUUGUGCAGCGACCCGAUGAUGGCUCUAAAUCUGGGAAGAAAUGCAAAGGAAAAGGCAGGAAACCUCUGCAUGGCCCUGCAGGCCCUCCAGGCCCCCCGGGGCCACAAGGCCCACCAGGCCCACCUGGAGCUGAAAUCACACAAGAAGUUUUAUUGCAGGAGUUUAAGGACAUGAUAAAAGAAGCAACUGAGCGUCGCACAGUGAUUAUUAGCCAUGCAGACCCCAGUGUUGUCCCGCCUCCCUUACUGCUGCUGGAAGAAGUACCACUGUAUAAACAAGUAGAAGAAGCAUUUCACUGCAAGUUGAAGGGUCCAGUCAUUGCUGAUAAGAGGACAUUGGUGGAACUUCAGAACUUUCAAACACCUCUGGCAAAGGGAGCAUUCCUUCGGGGGUCAGGUAUGAACUUGUCAACAGGCCGUUUCACAGCACUUGUAACUGGCAUCUACCAGUUUUCAGCCAAUAUACACAUUGAUCACAGUGAAAUCAAAAGCAAAGGACAGCUUCGAGCCAGAGAUAAUGUAAGAGUGCUAAUCUGCAUUGAAUCCCUUUGUCACAGAUACACGUCUUUAGAGGUCAUUACUGGACUGGAAAGUAACAGUAAAACAUUUACUGUUUACGUGCAUGGGUUGUUACAAUUACAGGCCGGACAAUAUACCUCCAUCUUUGUAGACAACAGUGCAGGAGCACCUGUCACCAUCCAGAGUGGCUCGGAUUUCAUGGGCAUGCUAAUGGGUGUAUAGUAAGGUGUGUCACGGCAUCAGCUCCGUAGGAAAAUUCCUCUCGAACAUUGGCAUCUGCCUCAGUUUUCUACAGCAGGGGCAGUGUGUUGAAAAAAAAGCAGUGUGAAACAGAGGAAAAGAGCUUCUGUAAAAUUGUGGCAUGCAUUCCACUAAGAUUGACUGCCUGCUGUUAUUACCUCUUCAUAGCUCUUUGUAACAGCUUUAAAACGAAAGACUGCAUUUUAUUUAAGUACUAAAGCUUAACCGUGAGUCUAUCAAGUCAGAAAAUGUUGUAAAAUUUGUUUUUGUAAACUGAUGUUUUUAUUAAGCAUGUUUAUUUUUAAAUGAAAGCUGCAAAAAUUCUCUGUAAUAUAUAUACAUAUACAGUUUAUUAUAUAAUAUGUAUGGCAUUUUAUUCUUGAUUUCAUAAACUUCUUUUCCUAUCCAUCACAGACUUUUAGAAUGCUUUAAAUCCAGCAUAUGGCACAUCAGUAUUAAACAGUAUGAGACACUGACAUGGUUUUAAGCAGGACAACACUCACAAUAAGUAAUUCUGGAAAAUAACAGUUUAUUAUUUUUUGCCCAUGUAAUGAAUUUGCAGCUCUGAUUUUCCUUAUUAUAGACUUGGCUCUAGCAUUCAGCUCUGUAUACACUUAUUGAGUGCAUUACUUUUGACAGGAACAAAGAAUCGGCUAAGAAGGAAUUCCUUAUAUAAACAUUAUUCCAUGCUUUAUAAUCAUGGUUGUAUGUCUCAGUUUGCAUUACUUAAAAACUAUUACUGAAAUACGACUAUUAUGUUAACUGUCUUGUUUUCUUUCUAACCUCUGUCUUAUUUGCCUUGAAAUCUUUAUCAUGUAGACAGUAAGCUGGAUGAAACUGGUUUGAAAACUUAUAUCCUAAAUACGUAUAUCCUGAUAUUACACAAUGGAUCAUAAAUAUAUUACCUCUGGCAUAAAAUAAAAGCAUUAACAUUCAUUAUUCUGAUCAAUAUAAUAGAGAAGUAUACAUGCUGAGACUUAAAGGAGAGUUCAUAAGAAUAAAGUACCCCCAACAAUAAGGCAUGUGUAAUUACUCAUAUAUCUUUCUGUUGUUUUUCUACAGAAAAAAAAACAAAAAAACAAAACAAAAAACAAAAAAAACAAAGAAAAAAACACAGGUGUCUGAGUGAAUGCAUGCCUUUUGGAGAAAAAAAUUGUAGAAUGAUUCAGGUUAGACUAGAUGCUAAUUUAAUAAGAAAGGCAACACUUUAUGCAGCAAGAAUAUUGCAAAUGCAAGACACCAAUGCGAAGAUAGUUAUAAAGAUCUGAGCGAAGGGACAGGACUUCUAUGGCUUCAUUGAGAAGUUGUAGAUGACACACGGCCAGUAUGUGUUGCAUGUAUGUAUGCAGGGUAACAGACCAAAUCAUUUAAGGAUGAAGGUAGAAUGCCAGUCAAAGAUAAAAAGGUAGACUAGCUACAUUACUAAUUAUGUUGUAUGAAAACAGUGCCUUUGCAGUCAUGGUGCUGAAGUUUGCAAACUGUAUACAUUUACCGAAUCAAUAUGUCAGUAUAUCUUAACAAAAUCUACUCAUGAUAUUUCUGCAAGACUUCUUAAAGACUUUACAACUCCCAUCUGAUUUUGUGGAAUUUCGAUGGACAAAAUAAAUCUAAUACAGAAUGUCA